AUUUCACAUCAAGGAAUACAUAUAAUGUCAGCAAUACUACUACACAACGGUCGUUGUCGCAAGCGGUGAGGGCAGAAUGCUAUCGGGGACGGCGGGCAGCGCGAGACGUCUCCUGGCUGUACACCUUGCUGCUGGCCGCAAGAAAGCCGCGGAAAGCAGCGCCAGGAGCUUCUCAGCACAGGACCAAGACUCAAAUGAAGAAUGCUGUGAUAAGCCGCAGGAGGAGGAGAACCUGCGCAGCCUGUGCCCGGUGCGCUGCCCGCCGGGCCCUCGCGGCUGCCCGGGCGACCCGGAGCCGGUGCGCGACCACUGCUGCAAGGAGCCGCCGCCGCCGCCCUGCUGCGUGUGCCCGCACGCUGUGGAGCCGCAGCCCAGGGGCUGCAGCGACUGCAAGCCGCCGAAGGCGCCCGCGCCCAUCUGCGCCAAGCCCGAGCACCACCGCGGGCCGGGCGACGGCGGCGCCAGCCCCUACGCCAAGUGGGUCAUCGCCGCCUUGGGGGGCGCCGCCGUCAUUGGCCUCGCGGCCUUCGCUGCGAGAAACCUCGGCGGCGGCAAGGAGCCUGAGGUUAGCUGCCCCGACGACGUCGAGAAGUUUGACCCCUGCGACCCCUGUGGCUGCGACAGCAGGAGCAGGAGCGGCAAGGGCUGAGCUGCUGGCGGCUGGCGGCGGUGGCGGCGGCGGCUGCGGCGGCAACGACCUCCAUUCCUUCAUUUGGCACCACACACGUAUAAAUAACAAAUUGAAAGUAAUGUAAUUUUCGUGGAAGUCUGAGUAUUUUUCUUGAAUUACAUUUCACUUUUCCGCUUAUGCAAGACAUACUUCUCUGUCGAUUUGGAAAGCAGACCCUAAUUACCUGAAAAUUAUCAUUGCGCACUAUAUAACGUAUUCUGGUCCAUAUAUUGCAAAUUGUGUACUACAAAUGAUAAAUAUACUUAACAUGAAUGUGCAGCUAUUUUUGGACAGUAAAG